UCUUGCCGGUGACUUCAUGCAGCUCCUGAAACAGGGGAGUUAAUAUGUCGAUGGAAGAUCCCUUUUUCGUGGUUAAAGGUAUUUACUCAGAUCCAGUGGGCUGAUGUGGACCCCUCUCUGUUGGCAGGGAGGUGCAGAAGGCUCUUUCCAAAGCACAGGGGCUGUUUGAGCGCUGGGAGGAACUACUCCAGGAGGAAACACCCGUCAGCCGUGAUGAGCUGGACUGGAGCACAAAUGAACUCCGAAACUGCAUCAGGGCCAUCGACUGGGACCUGGAGGACCUGCAUGAAACCAUCAGUAUCCUCCCAAGUGAGAGAUACAGGCAAAUGCCUUUCUACUCUGCUGUCCCGUCAGUCACUGACUUCACAAACAGUGUUUUUGGAUGAAGGAUCAGGUAUUGUGGAGGCAAACCCUGGGAAGUUCCAUUUAGGAGAGCAUGAACUUCAGGAGAGGAGAGAGUUUGUGGAGCGAACGCGGAACUCUGUGCAGCUGAUGAAAGAGCAUCUGGCGAGUCCCUCGACUGUGGCUCAAGCAGAGAAGAAAAACAAACAGGCUUUGCUGGGAACCAUAGUGCAGAGAAAUGAUCGGUAUGCCGGUCUGGAGCCACAUCUGGUGUCCGCAAACUCCAGAUAUAUUCAGGAGCAACAGGAACAGCAGCAGCUGAUCAUGCAGGACCAGGAUGAGCAGUUGGAACUGGUGUCAGGCGGCAUCCGUGUCCUAAAGGACAUGUCUAACAGGAUAGGAGACGAACUGGACGAGCAGGCAGUCAUGCUUGGUGAGUUUAGCGAGGAGAUGGACCAGACUGGUUCUAGAAUGGACUCUGUGUUGAAGAAAGUGGAGAAGGUUUCACACAUGACCAGCAGUCGGAGACAGUGGUGUGCUAUCGGAGUUCUUGUAACCAUAUUGAUCGUGGUGCUCAUCAUGUUCUUUGCUAUUUAAAUCAGACUUUUCUCCGAUUUGGCCUUCCAUCAUGUCUUAUUGAGGAAGACAACAGUGACUCUUCAACAUCAGCUUCCAUUCUAUUUGUGAGAAAUAGAUCAGUCAUUUUUAUAGUCCUUCAAGGGUCUUUGUGUCAUCAUCUGACCCAAAUGUCUAUUUUCUCACUGCUUCUGAUUUGGGCUCAUUGCAAAGUCUAUUUCAGAGCUUCACCGAGGCUGAGAUGGAAGUUAACAGUUAUUAUAUUUUUAUUCGGGGUAGAAUACCCUUUUUAUUUUUAUUGUGGUACAGAGUGGUGUUGAGGAAAUUAAUAUUGCCUUAAUAUAUUUUUGUAUUUUUUAUUUUAAAGCUGCACUAUGUAAGGUUUUUUUGGUUCAAAAUGAACAAAUUGCCUUUAUUGAUUGAGUACAUAAAAAGUGAUCAGUGUUCAAAACAAUGUCCUUACCAUGCUCCGAUUCACUACGGUAAGCCUAUAAAAAUGAUUUGUAUUUUGAGCUGUUGGGUCGGAUUUUGCACUAAGGCUUAUGACGUUCCUCUUUGCGUCAUGACAUCAUGUCCGUAAACACAGGAAAGACACUGUUCAGUUCAGUCCGUCACAAUGACGCAGUUCAGGAUCGCUGCAGUCUGGAUGGAUGUUUAUCUGAGUUGUUUACCUGCUAUAAUGCUUGGAAUUGGAUACAGUAUGUUGUCUGGUAGGGUUGUCAUGGUUUUAUGAAUCGAACAUUACUGGUGUGUUUACCGAUCGCUAUCCGUUGUCACGGGAACUUACUGUGCAUGUUUACUAUUACGUAUGACUUCUGAAAUUAACUUCUUGUACAUAUUAUUUCCUGUUUAAUAAAGUAUAUUUUAUCCCCAUAA